AUGGCAAGAUCAGGUCACUCCACUCAGUUGACUUCUGGAAGACAUAGGGCAUGUCAACCACAGACACAGAAGCUCACAGAAAACAAAAUUUCGGAGUUGAAGAACUACCUUCCUGAGUGGACUUCAGCAAAACGGAAAGAGAAGCGAGCAGUUUUCACUGCCAUAGCUAGGGCUGCCAGGUUAUUUGCUCCUAAGGUUGACCAAGCACAAUGGAAGAAGAGGAAGCAGAUAUACAAGACAUGGUUGUUCAACAACAGGAAAAAGAAGGAAAGGAAGGACAUGAUAAAGUAUGGGAGGAAAUGGACACCUAGGAUGGUGAUCUACCAGUGGAACCAGGAAGAGGUGCUAAAGAGGAUUGAGGACGAGUCUGGGGCAAAGCCAGGAGGUCCCUGUAUGUUCAAGCAUUAUCAGGCAGCUGUGAAGAGAGUCAUGGCUGAAUUGUCCGACGACAAGUUGGAGAAGGCAAAGGAAACAGCCAAAGAAUGGUCCAACAACUUUCCUCCUCCUGAGAUACAGGCACAAGUCGCUCAUAAGAAGGGACCUGUGUAUAUGGAGCACUUUUCGAAGGAGAUGUGGAGGCAAUGCAGGAUGAGAGUGUUUGUGAUGUCGGCUUGGAAGAAUGAACAGGGAGAGGUGCUGUUCAGGAUGCACAAUGAUAAUGAGGCAUUAGGAGAUGGGGACAGCUUCAUGAAGACAAAGGACUGGGAGGACAUCAAGCCGGUUUGGCAGGAGUAUGUGCAGGAACAGUUUGGUGUUGGGGCAUGGGAUGGAGGAUGA